CCUCCCCCCCCCCUUCUCGGUCUCAUCUCUUCAAGACAUCCCCGCUGGACAUAUACCUCGACUCAAACUGUUUCUUUGAUCUCUUUAGAAGCCAGCCGAUCUGCAUUUCUUUGUCCAUACCCCCCCCCUCGCAAAGCACAAGACCUGUCCUGCUCUGUUGCUAUAGGAAUGAUAUUUUAAUCGUCUUCCUCGAAUCAAACAACCCGUAGUUCUUCUAUUCUUUUCUGAUCGUCCUCAUCGUUAUAUUUCUUUCAAUUUCCCGUGACUAGAGCACCUGUCGCUAUGAGUUCUGGUAUUCCGCCGUGGCGUGCCACCGCGUCAGCCACUGCUACAACCUCACUGCCUUCCUCACAUGCAGCCCCAGCGUAUAUUCCCGUUCAAGCACGCCGUAGUCUCACCACAAAGGCACCGAAGCCAGUCCCCUCAUCCGCCUCCACGCCAUCGACAGCCGCCGAAGCGGCCGACCGCAAACGAGUAGACUUUCCAGAGGCGGUUCGCAAGUAUGUGCAACGCAGCUUUGCGCCUGAACACCGACUUCCCGGCGUCGAGCGAAGCGAAAUGGAGACCAAGCUCAAGACAAUCAUCACAGAGGCAGCGGAGGGUAAUCUGCUCGACAAGAUCGACUGGGAGACCCUGCCUCUGCCACAGGUCAUGGUCCAGAACGACCGCAACCGGGUUCUAGCCAGUCCCAGUGUGUCGUCAUGGGGUGUGUUCGGCACCGCCUCGCCCAAGAAGCCCGCCGCCGCCGUGGACGACCCGUCCAAGAAAAGGAAGUCGGUUGAGUACCAAGGGGACGCGAACAGCUGUCCGCCGUGGAGACAAACUAACAGCCAGAAUGCCUUUGAAGAUCGAAUCACUUAUCCAUCCACAGACAAGCGGCAGAAGAUUGACAUGAAGAACACAAGUAAGUCCAAAGCUAAUCUGGAAAUGCGGAGGAAACGUUUCGAGGAUCCCCAAGCCCGCCAUGGAUCUUCCCCGUCGUCUCGCGGUGACUCGCCCGCCCCCAGUGCAGACCAAGGCCCUGUGGUCGGACGGUGCCAGAACCUAGAGAAGAACUACUUCCGCUUGACGUCCGCCCCGAACCCCGACACGGUCCGUCCGUUGCCGGUGUUGAUGAAGACGUUGGACCUGCUGAAGAAGAAGUGGAAGAAAGACAACAACUAUGGCUACAUCUGUGAUCAGUUCAAAUCGUUGCGCCAGGAUCUGACGGUGCAGCACAUCCGGAACGAGUUUACCGUCAGCGUCUAUGAGAUCCAUGCCCGGAUUGCCCUGGAGAAAGGAGACCUCGGUGAGUAUAAUCAGUGCCAGACUCAACUACGGGCGUUGUACGCACAGCAACUCGGUGGACAUCCUACGGAGUUCCGGGCCUAUCGUAUCCUCUAUUUCAUCCACACCCGCAACUGGACGGCCAUGAACGAUGCGUUGGCCGAUCUAACCGCAGCAGACAAACGGGAUCCUGCUGUGAAGCAUGCUUUGGACGUCCGGUCCGCCCUUGCCCUUGGAAACUACCACCGCUUCUUCCAGCUGUAUCUCGAUACCCCCAACAUGGGGGCUUACCUCAUGGACAUGUUCGUGGAUCGUGAGCGACUUUCUGCGCUGGCGGCCAUCUGUAAAGCAUACAAACCUGAUGUAAAGAUUCGUUUUAUUACUGAAGAACUUGGUUUCGAGUCCGACGAGCAGAGCGCACACUUCAUUCUGGAUCAUACAGCGGAGGAUAUGCUCCAAGAGAAAGAUGGAGUCGUGAGACUGCUUACGAGCGGCAAGGCCGGGCAACUGUUCGAAGGAGCCAAGGCCGACGCUCACCGGGUCGUCGAUAUCAAGGGACAAAUAUAAGUUCCGUAUCUCUUGAUUAUUUCAUUAAUUCACUCACUCCCCUUUGCACCGUCCGACUACCCCCACCUAACCUGACUGGGCUGGAUCCCCCAGUCCCAUUCACCCUUCUGGAUACUGUUUAGCCUUCAGCAUCUUUUCCCUGUUCAUUUUCAUCUUCACUAAAACGGCGCCUGGAGUUCCUUCUUUCGCCUGUUCGAGUCCUUCUGGCAUUAGAGGCGUCCGGCAUUGACUGCCGUGGUUUGAGGAGAUCUAUACCCAUUCCGACUCCCUGAAUAAAAGUGGUUAUGCUGCAUCUGUUUUGCACAAAAUAUCUAUUCCGAUGGAAGGCUUAGUGGGUAUGGAUAGCAAGGCAUGUAACUUUUGGUUUGAUGUUUUGAUGCUGUUAUUUUUUUUUCUUUUCGGUAGCGCAGUUAAUAUGAUGAUUAUUGAAGACUUUUG